UUGGAUAACAUGAAAAGAGGACGACUUGAUUUAGAGAAAUAUGAUUCUAGCCCAGCUGAAGAUAACCGAUUGAGCUUUAUAAAUAUUAGUAAUAAAUCAAUCGAGCCAGAGAAAAAGGAAGUAAGAAUACCUGAUCUUCAGUAUCCACAUGAAAGUAGGAAGUGGAAAGAAGUUAUUGAAGCUCAUAAUGAACUUGAAAAUGUGACUAAGAUGCUUGAUAAAUCAAUGAACAGUGCACUUGUUAAGACCGAGCAUGUAUUCCUCCAAGGCUAUAACCACUUUGUAAAAGAAAAACAGGCUAAGAUGCAAGAACUCGUUGAUAAAUUUAAGAAUAGAAAUACAUCAAUCACUAUGAAAGACGAGAAAAUAGAAAAAUUGGAGCAAUAUAUCCAUACAUUAAAAUAACCAACUUUUCUACUGUGAGCAAGCAAAGGACAAGAAAGAUGAGGAGAUCCUCCGCUUGAAGGAAUACCAAAGAAUGAUACUUGGAGAGAACGAAUUCCUCGUUAAGCAGAUCAAGGAGUCAAAAUAAGGAAAAUAGAUUGCUCAAAAUCGCAAUUUCUAAGCUCCAAAAUGACAUAGAGAAGCUUGCUAAGGAGACUGACCAACCUGUUGACCUGAACUACUCCUUCCUCAAUGACGAAAAGGAUAAUUUGUUGCAGAAAUUAGAAAAAGUUAUUGAAAAUUACACUAGUGAGGAGCUCAAUAAUGAUAAAAUUCUUGACAAAAUGAAAGAGAGAGAUACGACCUUUGACAAAAUAGCUGAAACUAAGAUCAAAACAUUUGACGAAUACUCAAAUGAAGAAGGCCUUAGAAAUAAACUCAGACAGGAAAACACCAGAGUGCAGAAUAAGUCUCAUGUGGACGUGAGGGAAAAUUUACUUCAGAGAUCUCCUUUACAGCCAACAAAGCUUUACUCCCCAGGAAAAAUCAGGAUAAGGACUCAUAAGUUGACUAACAAGACCACUUUACCACAAGGAUCUGCUCAAAAGAUUAGCAGGAUAAAGAAGAAGCUUGGUGGGGAUGACAAAUGGAAAGAUUUCUGAAGAGAGGUAUUAAAAGACACUAAGACUCAGCUGUAGUUAGCCCCUUCU